GCGAGAUUCACGAACGUGAAAACACUUCGGCUGUGCAACCAGGAUGGCGCGGCGGCUGAGGCUCUUGGAAGUGGUCGUCCUAACGAUUUGUGUCGUAAUGCUUCAUGCGAGCUGGAUAACAACAAGUACUUCGUCGUCCAGGCGGCUUAUCAUCUCAAAUGACGGCGGAAACGUGACGUCUGCCCUACAUAGUCUCGGCCGAGUGAUAUUUCCAGUGGACCAUUCAACGUCGUCGAACGCAACCAACGCAUUGUCGGUGAAUGCGACUUCAGAGACGUUGACCUUUCCACCAACCAUGUUGCCCACUGCUGCACCAACCACUGUCAAGGCGUCGACAACGACCCCUGUUCCCACGCUCAACGUAAACGAAACCCACGGCGUUCCAGGCAAUCCCACGGACGUCGUGGCCGUUGCAUCAGAUGCGCAGGCGCAAGUGUCGUGGAAGGCACCAGAAGAUGACGGGGAGGAUCCGAUCACUGAGUACGAAGUUGUGUGUUAUGUAGUCGACACCAACACCCCCUUGCCUCUCGCAAUUCAAGUGACGGCGUCAGGAGAGCAGGGCAGCCAAGUCCCGACGAAUGCGUUGGUGCCAAACUUGCAAAACGGGGUCACGUAUGCAUUCAAAGUCAGGGCAAAAAACAUCAACGGAUUCUCGACGUGGUCGGCUAAGUCCCAACCAGUGAGUCCUCUGCAUCCCCCAGACAUGUGCACGAGUCUGUCCUGCUCCGGAAAUGGCGCGUGCUUUCCCCAGUAUAAUCCUAUCCAGCAACCAAGUCCAACUUCCGCCAACGCAUCGUCCGAAUUGCCUUCGACGGCCCCGCCAAAGGACGCCGGUGUUUGCGUGUGUAAACCGGGGUUUUUGGCACCAGACUGCAGUCGCGUGGACGAGUCCAUCGUUGGAGUCUGGGAGGUUUCGCCAUGGAGCGCUUGUUCGAAUGGAUGCGGCGGCGGCACGCGGACUCGACGAGCGUCCUGCGUCCAUGUCAAAACAGGCGCUCCGUUGGACGCAUCCUCCUGUGCUUCCGAGGCAAUGCCUGCGCUGUCGUACAUUUGCAACGGGUUUGCGUGCGGGUCGAAAUUGAUCGAAGUGUCGUACGAGAUUGAAAUGUUUUAUGACGACGUCGUGUUCUCUGCCGAGAGCGAGCGCGCGUUCACCGUAGCAUUCGCGACCGAAGUCGCAUCCGCCCUCCAACUCCCACCGUCACGGCUGGACGUGGUGAGCUUGCGACGGGGAAGCAUCCACGUCCAAAUGUACUUGCUCCCGCCAACACAAGCCGGCGAAAAGUCGUUGAACGAAGUCGUAGCGGACCUACAAAGCCAAGUCAACGACAAGACCAGUGUGUUGCGCACCCAAGGCACGUUCUGUCGCCGCGUGUACCCGUCGGGCGUCAAGAUGAGUUUCUUCAUUGCAGAGCAGCAUGGCGCCGCGGAAGCAGAAGACAUUUCGAUCGGAGGCCUUGUGGGCACAAUUGCCGUCUCGGUCGGGUUUGUCGCGGCAUUUGCGUACUGCCUGCGCAAGCGCCACGAGCGCCUCAUGAAGUUCAAAGCGUCCAAGCGCAUGGGGUCCGACUCGAAGAUGAAACCCAUGGGCAUUCGCACCAUGUCCUAGCGAUGUCGUUCAAAAAUGCUUGUAUUUAUUGGUGCUCGUACACAAGGGUUUCGAUGGUGGCGGGCCCCACCUGGAGUCAUGAUCGCUUCGCUUCUGACUUGUCAAAAAAAAACAUGCAAAUCUCUUUAGCCACCCAUGACACAACUACUUGCUCUCGAAGGACGUUGGUAGUAUCCAUUCGGGUAGUCCAACCAGCCAUGGCAUCGUGCUCAUGCAGCUGGCAACACAGCAUUCCAUGCGCUCCAGAACUGAGACGCAAAGUAGUCCUUGGCUUUGAGGAGGCGGACGGCAAAGUUCCCCACGACAACCCCGCCAAAUAAGGGAAGUUGACCAACCCCGCCAGCAGGGCCGAGUGGAAUGAAAAUGCCUUCGACAGACCCUGUCACGUAUGGAGCCACUUCCCCAGAGCCGCCUCGUUUGAUGAGGGCAGCCAAUUCCUUGACCAAAUGAGUAGCUUGAAGCUUUCCAUUGUAUGCUAAUUUGGGCGUUGGGUGGUUGUUUAUGUCUCCGAUGGCGAAAAUCGUGGAAUAUCGGGGGUCGUCGAGUUGGAGACUUGCAGUCACUUUUACUGCACCGUGGGCUGUAAGAAGUGACGGAUCGAGCGAUUGAAUCAACGACGAGUUGGGGGAACUGCCCGCUGCUACGAUUUGCACGUCAGCCUCGAUGAUCGUGCCCUUGUCUGUUUGGAUCGUUUUCUUUUCAAAUCCAUGGGCAGCUUCACGAGACGGUAAACGCUCCCCCAGCACCAACUUGAUGUUGAGUUCGCUCAAUCGGGCUUUCAAGGUGGCUUGGAAUUUGUCGGUCAAGGCGCUGCUGCUGAUGAGUUUGUCGUUCCCGUCCACGAUUGUGACCGUCUUGUUGGGAUAUGCGGUGGCGAUCUCCCCUGCCACUUCCACGCCGACAGCCCCGCCUCCAACGAUCAAAACGGAUGACGCGGCUUUGAUGUGGUUCGCAGUGUCCACGAUGGCGCUUUCGAUGUUUUCGCGCGUGUACAAGGUGGUCGGCACUUUGAUUGGUGACGUGUAGCUGCUCCCGGUCGCAAGAAUUAAGUAGUCAAAAGGGAUGUUGGUCGUCGCUUCGUCAACGACGUUGUCGACAAUCUUGCGGACGCGAACUUCGUUACCGUCAAUGGAAUCGGCAAGUCCGCGAAUGAUCUUCGUGUGAGAUGCAGGAAGGGCCUUGUCCAGAGGAAUGAACAACUUCCUCACGUAGGACGGGUCGACGAAUGCGCGUGGGACGCCGAUGCAAUGGUAUGUGAACUCAUUCUUCUCAAUGACGGUGAUCUCAACCGCGGAGGCAGGCAGGAGCUUGGCCAGUGCUUGGGUAAAGUGGAUGCCGACAUAUCCUCCGCCGACGACAACGACUUGCUUGGGCGCGCUCAU